CCCGGAGCUGCCUAUAAAUGCCAAGCCAGCACCUCCCUGUCAGAGGCUCUGUGUGGAUCCUGGACUUUGAGUGCAAGAAGAUGGCUCAAGAAUUGUCACAGAUGGAACGCAGCAUAGAGACGGUGAUCGACGUCUUUCACCAGUACUCAGUAAGGUUAGGGGACCGAGACACCCUGAACCAGAAGGAAUUCAAACARCUGGUGAAGACAGAGCUGAAAAACUACCUCAAGAAAGAGAGUAAGAAUGAGAAGGUCAUAAAUCACAUCUUGGAGGACCUGGACACCAACCUGGACAAGCAGCUGAGCUUUGAAGAGUUCAUCAUGCUGAUAGCAAAGCUGACCCAUGCCUCCCACGAGGAGAUGCACAAGAACACCUCCAAUACGGAAGGUCACAGCCAUGGGCCAGGCCUUGGGGGGUCCUGCUAAUCGGGAGGCCACGCCACCCUGCAUCUGGCCAGCCAGGGCCUCGGGGAAUGAUGGGUCCCACUGCCUUGGCUGUGGCCGUGAGGUCAAGGGGAAAUAAAGUCUUUCACCGUG